AUGAACCAUCACACACUGUUGCACAAUCCCAACUGGGCGAGGUCUACUCCGGUAAACAAAAAUGAAAAAGGCAACUUUGACCAACAACCAAGAACUUCUGGCCAGCAGCACCACACACGACCUUCGAGCGCCAACCACCUGUCCAGCAAAGAAGUAGAAGUACUGCUGACUACAAUUAAACUUAAAGUUAAAUCAGCUGACGGAAACUACGUCAUACUUCGAGGUCUCCUAGACCAAGGUUCUCAAGUGAAUCUUAUAACUGAAAAUGCUGCCCAACUUCUCAAACUACAAAGGAAAAAAUUGCACGCAACUGUGUCCGGAGUAGGGUCAACAACUGCUGAGGACUGUAAAGGAAGCCUCCAAUUAUCAUGCAAAUCAAUUCACUCCGACUAUACCUUUGAGAUCGAUGCAAUUAUCAUGAGAAAACUAACUAAUAACUUACCGACCGCAACAUUUGAAAAACAAAACUGGCCGCACAUUGAGAACCUCUGCCUGGCGGACCCCCGCUACAACAUCUCCCGCCCGGUGGACCUGCUGCUGGGCGCCGGCGUGUACUCCGACAUCAUGAUGGAGGGCAUGCUGAAGGGCGGACUAACUGCACCUAUUGCGCAACAAACGCAAUUAGGAUGGAUCUUAUGCGGAAAACUACAAACUCUUAACUGCCACGUGACACUCGUAAACCUAGAAGAGAUAACAAAAUUCUGGGAAACUGAAAAUAUUCAAAAUGAAAACAAAGACCUGCCGAAAGAUGAUCAAUGCGAAAUCUACUAUCAACAAACUGUACAACGAGAAUCAAGCGGAAAAUACACCGUAAAAAUGCCUCUGAUCCCCGAUGCUGAAGAAAAGCUCGGAAAAUCUAAAGCAAUAGCUACUUCCCAAUUUCUACAACUGGAAAAGAAGUUAGAAAGAAACAAAAAACUCGCCAUGAUGUACAGAGAGCUCAUCAAUGAAUACAUCGAACUAGGCGUGGUGCGACUCGCAGAUCGUGUUGGCAUGGACGACGCAUCUCGCUGGGAACCCUACAUAGCUAACCGAACUACAAAAAUCAAGGCAAUCAUACCUGCUGAAAAAUGGAACUACAUAAAAUCAGAUGACAAUCCAGCAGACUGCGCGUCGCGAGGAAUGUACCCAAGUAAACUCAAAAACCAUGACCUCUGGUGGGACGGACCUCAGUUCCUGCGUAACACUGAUGAAUCUUAUGUCCAGAAGACAUUAAAUUGCUUGUACACCACAGAAAUGGGGCAAGUAAAGACAACUGAACGCAAGACAUCUCCAAAAUCAGAACUAAAUAAUAACUUCACUAAUGAGCUAUUAAAUAAUAACAGUUCAUUGGCGCAUGUAACUCGAGUCACCGCGUGGGUCGCCCGCUUUAGUGCGAACGCACUUAAUAAGCAGCCGCGAGCGGGCGCCUCAUACCUAACUGCGGCCGAGCUUAUCGCCGCAAUGGAAAUAAUAAUUAAAUGCGAACAGCGCGUGGCUUUUGAAACUGAAUACAAACAACUAAGUAAGAAAGAACCUAUCACAAGCAAGAGCUCCAUCUACAAACUGAAUCCAUACUUGGAUGAAAAGGGAAUCAUUCGGGUUGGUGGAAGACUCAACAAAUCCAGCCUAUCACCUGAGAUGAAAAAUCCAGCAAUACUUCCAAAAAAAGGAAGACUAACUCAACUCGUCAUCGAUCAAGCUCAUGCUAGAACACUUCAUGGAGGAGCUCGACUAACUCUAGCACAUAUUCGACAGAAAUUCUGGAUAAUCAGCGGAAACAGAACUGUCAAGGCCCAACUACGUCAUUGUGUACGAUGCCACCGAUUCAAACCAACUGAGAACGUUCAACUCAUGGCUGACCUGCCUCAACAAAGAACCUCCCCGUCUCGACCCUUCACUCACACGGGCAUGGACUUCACAGGUCAUGUCGACGUCAAACUGAACAAGGGGAGGGGCGUGAAGACUUCAAAAGGAUACAUCGUUAUCUUUGUGUGCAUGGCAACAAAGGCCGUGCAUAUAGAACUGGUCUCCGACCUUACAACUGAAGCCUUCCUUGCAGCAUUCCAAAGAUUCUGCCACAGAAGAGGGACGCCAAAGCAUUGCUAUUCCGACUGUGGAGCUAACUUUAUCGGAGCAUCAAAAAGACUGAGAACAGAGUUCAAUGAAUUCAAGAAAGAACUAGCUCCAGAAUUCUUCACUGAGAUUGGAAAAAUGGAAGUGGAAUGGCACUUUAACGCACCAGCCUGGCCAACAGCUGGCGGUGUGUGGGAAGCUGCUGUGAAAUCUGCAAAGUACCACCUGCGGAGAGUCCUAGGAGACCAAAAGCUAACUUAUGAAGAAUUCUUAACAUUGUUAACUCAGAUCGAAGCCUGCCUAAACUCAAGGCCACUCUGCCCCUUAACUGAAGACCCUGAGGAGUUCUACAACUACCUAACACCGGGACAUUUUCUAACUGGAAAACUAGAAAACGCUAUACUGAAGAAAAGCGAAAAGAACAUACAAAAGCAGUUUUCCAUAGACGACUAUAUGAAACAAACUGACGAGAACAUUGCUAAGAUUGAAACUCAAUGA